ACUGAAUUGAAUAAUAAGUAUAUGUAAUGUGACAUGCCUAUAAAAUCUGACUAAACUAAGCCUUUCAGUACCAAAGCCUCACAAAAGCCGUCAUAGCAACCAAAUCACUCCAAGGAGGCCGUCACCAUGGCAGUAAUGAUCAGACUACACAAGUGGAAUGAUGAAAGGAAAGGAGGGGAGAGUGUAUUUAUGACAGACUUAAGGAUGGAGCCAUUUUUUUGCCUACACACUCUUCGUCUGUAUCUUUCUGAAUACAGAGACAGUAAAACAAACCCUGGGUUCAGAAUGACUCUACAGGAGGAGGUGAGAAACCCAAAGUUUUGGAGGGGCAUACUGGCAGAGAUGAUGGGCUCUCUAGUCUUUGUAUCAGUUGUAUUAGGCUCUUCACUAUCAGGGCAUGAGGGUGUCUCUUCUGGACCUUUGUACCCAGCACUGGCAGCAGGUAUGGUAGCGGUUGGUCUAGGACAUUGCUUUAGAAAGAUCAGUGGGGCACAGGUGAACCCUGCAUUAACUUUGGCCUUAUUAGCUACACGGAAACUGGACGCUUUAAAAGCCGUGGUCUAUGUAUUUGCACAGUGUUUAGGAGCCACUGUAGGAGCUGGGAUUCUCUACAUGGUCCUACCCUUAAAAUCCACAGCUAAAAUCUAUGUCAACAAGGUACCAAUGGAGGGUAAUGCAGGGCAGGCUCUGGGGAUGGAGAUACUUGUAACCUUUCAACUGGUCUUUACCAUCUUCUCAGUGGAGGAUCAGAGAAAGAGCGAGGAAUGUGAACCUGGAAAUUUGGCAAUUGGCUGCUCCCUUAGUGCAGGAAUUUUCACUGCAGGUAGAAUUUCUGGAGGCAGCAUGAACCCUGCUAGGUCUCUUGGACCUGCAAUUAUAGUUGGAUACUGGGAACACCACUGGGUAUACUGGAUUGGGCCAGUGUUGGGUGCUGUGUUCGCUGCCAUGGCUCAUGAAUUCUUUUUCGCUUCAAGUGCCUCAAGGCAGAAGUUAGUGUCCUGUCUCACCUGUAAGGACAUUGAGAUAUUAGAGACAGCCAGCGUGUCCCAUUCAUCUUUGUCGACCAUCACACAGACAGCUGGGAGGGCCAAGCAAAGUGACAAACUUGACCACAGCUGAAGUUUAGUUUUUACUAUAUCAACUAUAUGCUAUAUAUUAUUUACAUUAUACUGUAUUACCUACAUUGAUGUAAAAGUAUUUAUUGUGAAAAAAAGACUUACUUGAGCAUAUAAAACAUGUUAAUGAAAACCUCCUAUGGGAUUUUUGGUAUGUGGACAGUAAAGGCGUGGACCUUGAUUGGAUCUGUGUUUGCACAUGAAACUACACAUAAACCUAUUCCUUUUCCCCAAA